AUGUGGAUCAACGAUGACCUUGACGAUAUGAAGUACGAGGUCGACCGCAUUCUGUACCACUUUGCAAAGAAGGACCCGGUGAAAAAGAAGGUCGUGGUCUUGGGAUCCGGCUGGGGUGCUCUUUCCUUCGUGCGUAAGUUGGACCCUGCGGCCUUUGAUGUCACUGUGGUUUCCCCUCGGCCGUUCUUCUUCUACACCCCUCUGCUGGUCGGGAGCACCACGGGCGUGGUAUCCCCGGGUGCCAUCAUCGAGCCAAUUCGGGACAACGUGCCCAACGCGAACUUCCUUCGCGUGCACUGCAAGGAUGUUGACCUGGAGAACAAGAAGGUCUUCUGCGAUAGUGGCGUCACCUUAGAUUACGACCACUUGCUGGUUGCAGUAGGCGCGCAGCCCAACACUUUCGGGAUUCCGGGUGUCGACAAGUACGGCAGGUUCUUGAAGGAGAUUGAGCACGGCCGGGCCUUGCGGAAGGAGAUGCUGGAUAUCAUCGAGCGGGCAGAUGUGGCCAUGGCAGCAGGAGAGGAGGACAAGGCAAAGCGGUUGUUGAACUUUGUGGUUGUGGGCGGCGGGCCCACCGGGGUGGAGUUCUGCGGGGAGCUCUCUGACUUCAUCAAGCAGGACCUGAAGCGUCGAUACCCAAAGAUCGCCGAUUACUUCCAAGUGACGUUGGUGGAGGCGCUUCCAGGGCUGCUUACAAUGCUCCUUGGCGCCAGAGGAAACUAUGUCCAGGAACAUCUCACUCACUUGGGAGUUGAGGUGAAACUGAACGCGAUGGUCAAGGAAGUUCAGGAGGAGAAGGUACAGCUGAAAACCAAGGACGGAGUGAUUGACAUGGAUUACGGCAUCCUUGUGUGGGUGGCGGGUGUUGGCAUGCGGCCCUUCACCCGAGCACUCUGCGAGAAAAUCGGCAAGGAGAAUGGGCAGACCGACAGACGAGGGCUUCUGGUGGAUGAGUGCCUGCGUGUCAAGGGCACACGGCCUGGCGAGGUCUUUGCGGUUGGAGACUGCGCGGUGAGUGGCAAGCCGCCAACGGCCCAAGUUGCGUAUCAGCAAGGCAAAUACUUGGGCCGGAUGUUCCGCUUGGGCAAGGACUACCUGAUCAGCGACCCGCAAGCACCGCCCUUCAAAUAUUGCCACCAAGGCACAAUGGCCUACAUCGGCGAUUCUCAAGGAGCAGCGGAGAUCGACCCCAACGCCUUCAUCAAGCUGGGCCGCUCCUCAGUGACAGACCAUUUCUGGUGGCGCUCCCUGUAUGGCGAGCAGGAUCAGCUCAGGGUCAUGGGCCCAGCAGGCUUCGCGAUUUGGAGAUCCACGUAUUUUAGCAAGCUCUUCUCCAGCAGAAACCGAUGGUCCGUCAUGAGCGAUUGGCUGCGCACUGGUAUGUUUGGGCGGCCCGCAUCAUCAUCUGCACAGGGCACUGCUACCCUCUGA